GCCACAAGGGCGGUAGAGGCCGUUGCUUGUGCAUCAUUGUUGUCUGACACCGCGUACUGGUGUCAACCACAGCGCACCAUAUUCACACAGCACGUAAACCAUGACAUCUAAAGCCGUCAUCCUUAUUGGAGGACCUUCGAGGGGAACCCGUUUCAGACCUUUGGCUCUCGACCAGUCCAAGUACCUAUUCCCGAUAGCAGGCAAGCCCUUGUUGGCUCAUACGAUUGAUGCGAUUCUCAAAAUAGAGAGCAUCACGGAGAUCCUGCUCAUUGGCUUCUACGAGAACUUCAUCUUUGAGGACUUCAUCACGGACUACAACACCAGGUUGCGUUACUCGAACGUCAACUGCGUGAUCAAGUAUUUGAAGGAGUUCAAGGCAUUGGGCACGGCGGGAGGCUUGUACCAGUUCAGGGACGAGGUUCUCAGAAACAACGCCUCUGACAACUUUCUGUUGGUUCACGGCGACAUCAUUUGCGCCUUCCCCCUGGUCCAGAUGAUCGAGAAGUUCGAGCAUGUCAAAACGUCUUCCAAGCAGGGGAAGAAGUCGCCGGACGCAAUCUUGUUUGGCGUCAACUUAGACCACUACAACUACGACUUGAUGUUGACGAUGAACUCGACCUACCACACGAGCUUUGGCUUGAUUGUCGCAGACCCGCAGGAGAACGACAAGGUGAUCCACUAUGUCGAAAAGCCGGAGUCGAAAAUCUCGAGUGUCAUCAACGGCGGGAUCUAUUUGUUCAACACCAACGUCUUCAAGUUGCUCUCGGACGCCAAGAUCGAGAAGAUCAGGAAGGCCAACGACGAGAACUGUUUUGAGUUCAUUGACGAGGAUACCUUGUCCAUUGAGCGUGAUAUUCUACAGAAACUUCCAGACCUGAACCGGACCUAUGUCUACAACUACAAGGGUUUUUGGAAGACAAUCAAGACCCCGGCCGAUGCCAUCGUUGCCAACGAGUUAUACCUUGACCUCAUCUACCAAUCCAAACGGAGUGAGUCUCUUACUAAGCCGUCGAUCAACAUCAACCCUCCUGUGUUUGCCGACAAGUCGACGAAAAUCAACUACACGAAAACCUGCAAAAUCGGGCCCUACGUGUCCAUCGGGAAAAACUGCGUGAUUGGCUCGGGUUGCAGAAUCGUCAACUCCAUCAUCUUGGACGGCGUCGAGAUCGGAAACAACGCCAUCAUCAAGAACUCCAUCAUCUCCAAGAACUGCAAAAUAGGCAACUGGACCAGAAUCGAAGGCUCAGGCCUGAACUUGGUCAGCAUCAACGAGCUCAUUCGAAAGAACGGGACGUCCAAGAUGAAGGCGUUGCUGGAAACAAACGAGAACUUCAAGGUCAUUGGGAUCAGAGAUUCUGGAAACAUCACCAUUCUCGGUUCCAACGUCCAGGUCAAGGACGAGGUGCUGGUCUUGAACAGCUUUGUCCUUCCAAGCAAGCAAAUCGGAGAAGAUUUGAAGUAUGAGGUGAUUAUGUAAUGCACGCGUGUGCAAGUAAAUACAGCAGCUUAGAGUAAGAAUGUAAAAAGAUAGCGGGAAAACUGAGGAUGUGACGCGUUUUGGCGUAGGCGU